UCUAAGUUUAAAUACAACGCACCAGGCGACUCUCAGUUUUUGGAGGAUGAGAGUACAAAACUAUUCGCCAGGAAAGUUGCUGAUCAUUAUAGUGCAAGGACCAACCAGACCCUCGAAGAGCGAGAAGCAAGUCCUAUUAUCCAUUUAAAAAAGCUUAACAAUUGGAUCAAAAGCGUCUUAAUUCAACUUUACACCAAAAGAGGGGAUGUAGUUCUUGAUCUUGCUUGUGGAAAGGGUGGCGAUCUUAUUAAGUGGGACAAAGCAAAGAUUUCAUAUUAUGUCGGCAUUGACAUUGCUGAAGGCUCAAUUGAGGAUUGCCGUACACGCUAUAAUGGUGAUGCAGAUCAUCAUCAACGGCGUAAAAAGUUCUCUUUUCCAGCUAGACUUAUUUGUGGAGAUUGUUUUGAGGUUCGGUUGGAUAGAGUUUUAGCAGAUGAUAUGCCUUUUGACCUUAUUAGCUGCCAGUUUGCCAUGCAUUACUCAUGGUCAACCGAAGCACGUGCACGACGCGCAUUGGCGAAUGUAUCAGCUUUACUUAGACCUGGAGGCAUCUUCAUUGGAACAAUGCCAGAUGCCAAUGUUAUAAUAAAAAAACUUAGACAAGCUCAAGGGCUAAGUUUUGGUAAUAGCGUGUAUUCAAUAGAGUUUAGUGAAGAAUACUCAGAAAAGAAAUUUGGAUCUUCUGAUCCCUUUGGCAUCAAAUACAAGUUCCACUUGCAGGACGCUGUUGAUUGCCCUGAAUGGAUUGUACCUUUCCACCUUUUCAAGGAAAUGGCUGAAGAGUAUGAUUUGGAGCUAGUAUUUGCAAAAAAUUCGCAUGCAUUUAUUGAUGAAUAUAUGAAGAAGCCGGAGUUCGUCGAGCUCAUGCGAAGGCUCGGUGCAUUGGGUGAUGGAAACCAAGACCAAAGUACCCUCUCACCAGAUGAAUGGGAUGCAGCGUAUUUAUAUCUUUCAUUUGUCUUGAAGAAGAAGGGGCAACCAGACCAGAGACCCAUUAACCCGAGACGGGACAAUGGCAAGAUGCAAUUGUCAAAGGAGGAUAUCAUGUUUAUAUAAGCACUCAAGUAGGAAGUGGAUAGCUUUUCAACACUGACUUUACAAAGUUUUGUAGAACCAUAUGAUAAUAUUGAGUAAUGACACAGGACUGGGGAAGAAAUAUAUCAUCACUUGCUAUUUAUUUAAGGUCUUUUUUGAGUCAAGAUGUGCUGUGUAACAAAGUUAUAUGGCCAUUGUUACUGUUGCGGUUGUC